AAAAUGAGUGACGGGGCACAUAAAAACAGUCCCACUCAAGAGGGACACACCGAGCAAAGUUCUUCAGAGAAAAACUGUCAAAUCGGACAGAAGCAGCUGCAACAAAUAGAGCGGCAGCUGAAAUGCUUGGCAUUUCAAAACCCUGGACCACAGGUAGCAGACUUCAAUCCUGAAACAAGACAGCAGAAGAAGAAAGCACGGAUGUCAAAAAUGAAUGAAUAUUUCUCUGUAAAGAACAAAGUUGUGAAGAAGUAUGACAAAAGUGGCAGGCUAAUUUGCAAUGACGUGGAUCUGUGUGACUGCCUCGAGAAGAACUGCCUGGGCUGCUUCUACCCUUGCCCCAAGUGCAACUCCAACAAGUGCGGGCCCGAGUGCCGCUGCAACCGAAGAUGGGUUUACCACGCCAUUGUCACCGAAUCGGGAGACAUCAUCAGCUCACUGCCAUUUGACGUUCCAGACUAGAAGCUGAUAUGAAUGAAUUGAUUUGUUUCUUCUUUCUAUGCGUUUAAGUUAACCAUUUUAAUCUGGGAAAAUUCUGGGUUUAGACAAAAUAUUGGAAAAAGGUCUAGUUAUGAUUUGUGUUCUUUCAAGCUGUAGAACUGGCUGUAAUUCUAUAAACCUCUGUAUCUUCUCAGAUUCCUUAGCUGCUGUGAAAGGAUGUGAAUGUAGAUGGAUCAUCUCCUCUCCUCAGUACCACCAUCUCAACUCUGCCAUCAUAUUAAAAAUCUCUCCCCUCUUGGCUGGUGCUUGAAAAUAUGUAGUUUUAAGAUUUUCAGAACUCUGUAGCUGAGAGCUCUUCUUAUAUAGAGCUGGUGGUACACCCCUAUAAUCCCAGCACUCAAGAGGCUGAGGCAGGAGGAUCGCCAUGAUUUCAAG